CCGUCGGGGCGGCGGAUUCCGCCUUUUGUAUCAAAAGAUGGGAGAAGUAUAGGAGCAUGGCCAAUCACGUUUUCUUCUUUUCAUCGCCCGAUGCGAUGCCACCACACUUCCACCCCUUCUUCCUUCAUCGGCCGAGGACUACCAUCUCCACCGUCACAACCAUUAGCCGGUCUCCUCAUCCCAAUGGCACCCUCAACCGAUUGGAAGAGGUUCUCUCCACCGAAUACAUCACGGGUGGCCCUCUUCUCCGAUCGGAUCUGAGAUGAUAGGAGGGACGCAAUGGCCCUGCCAGAUCUCAUUUCAUCUUCACGUUUGUCGCCAGUCAUUUCUGUUGGAGGACUUAGAUUCGAGUCUUCUUCACAUAGCCACCACUGGAGUUCUCUCCCAGAUUCGGGAGCCAUCUCCUCCAUUCCACAGCCCUCUCCCAAUUGGGAGAGGAGUCACCACCAUCAUCUCGUCUCCAGCCUUCCUUCCUAGCUCCAACACAGACCCUUAUAAGUUCCAGAUAGCAGAUUCAUCUCAUGCAUCCAUCCGGAUCAUAGUGGCAUUAGUAAUUCGAAGUGGGAAUGGUAUGCUUCUGAAAGGAGGAAAACAAGCUAGGUGUUCAAACAUAAUUCUUCACAAGAUGGAAAUGACGAGGCACAUCAUAGUGGUCUCAAAGUUGGAUUAUCUAGCUACCUAUAAUGCAAUGGAAACACUUCUCAUUCACCAUGAUUUAUCAAACAACCACAGUUUCGAGGAGCUUGUUCUAGAACUUAAACAUGAAGGAGUCCUCAAGGGUACUGGGAAGAACAUCAGAAAGCCAAAAAAAUAGAGACUUUAGCAGGUUAAGGAGCAAUAAGAGCUACAAUGCUGCCUCUUCAUUGGCAUCUAAACAGAAAAAUCUCAUGUUGUUGUGUUGUUCUACCUUUGUUUUAUUAGUGUUGUUACUUGUCAUUAUGUUGAUUGCUUAUAAUUUUUUUUUAGAAUACUGUAAAUAUUAUUUUCAAAC